CUUUCGGGUUUAAACGCGCUUUUGUUGCUACUUUUUGUGGAAAUAGAUUAUGAGUAGCUUUAUAUUUGAAAAACUUUAUGAAAAGUCAAAACAACUCGUACAACCUACUUCGUCAAGCUUACAUCAACUUCCUUACAUUGAUCGUGAACUUGACCAAAUCGGUGCUGAAACUCAACUGUUAGCUGAUAAGACAAAAGCUCAUAGUCAAGAUCCUUAUAUCAAAGCACACUGUUUGUUAGCUCAAGGUGGGGUAAACCAAUAUGAAAUUUCUGAAGUCUUGAAAAAACUAGAUACAUCCUCCACUUUUGAACGUCGUGAACGCAGUCUUGGUGCUAAUGUCGACAAAUAUUUGGAACAAUCUUAUGAGCAGGCCAUGAAAGAAGCAUUCAAAAAUGAAGAACUGAUUAUGGAAGAACUCGGUAUUCAAGGAAAUUUGGUCAAAGUGGACACCGAUUGGAAUACCAAGGCACAGACGUGUUUAAAUGAAUGGGAUCAACAGGCACCAAUCCUCAAUAUAUCAGACAGCUUGAAGAGCAAUAUUAGCAACAAAGAUAAAGAUAUAAAAGGGACGUAUAAUGAAAAGGAAUUAGAAAGGGAAAAUAAUCAUUUGCUCGAUCUUGCUCAAGCCAUUCAACAAUUGAACGAUCAUCGAUUACAAGAAAGAGAAAAGCAAGGCAAGAAAUUCGAUUUGAUUGCUGCCUUACCAUCUUCAUUAUUGCCAUCUUCUUCAACAUCACUUUCAAAAGGAAUCAACACCUCAAAUUUCUCUACAACUCCAACACCUCCACCAAGUGAUGCUGAAGAUGCUCAACAAUUACUGCGAUAUUUUGUAACACAGUUCGAUAAGCUCAAGGAUGACAACCUAGCUUGGACAUUAUAUGAUACCCCACACAACCCAAAAUUAUUGGCUACUCAAUCCUGUUUGAUUUCGAUAUCUAAAUCAUGGUUGGAAAAACAAUAUAUUCAUUAUAUCGAUAGUACUUUAUGGAAACAUGCAAGCAAAGCCAAAACUGGUGGAAACCCUUCUUUCGUUGUCAGAUUACAAUCUUUUAUCCAAUUUACAUUCAAAAGAGGAUCAAGAUGGAUCGAUGAUCGUUUCCAGAUUGCGGAUGGUAUUCCUAUGUGGGCUUAUCUUUACAUGUUACUACGAUCUGGUCAUCCUUCCUUAGCAAUUAAAUACGUCAAUGAUCAUCAACAAGAUUUUGAAUCAGCGGCACCGUCUUUCAUCAAAUACUUUAUGGAAUAUAUGAAUCAUCCAGAGAAAACACUCCAACGGUCACAUUCUGUUGCUGUUUUGGCCGAAUAUGAACAAAUGAAAUAUGGAAAUGAGAUUGUAGAUCCUUACAAGCUAUUGUUAUACAAGGUUAUUGGACGAUGUGAAGUUGACAAGACCCUUCCUACUAUUAUUAGAUCAAGUGAAGAUUAUCUCUGGUUACAGCUUUCUUUGAUUCGCUUACCCGGUACUCAAGAAGAGUAUAUCAAUGAACGCUAUACACUACAAGAUUUACAAGAUGCUAUCAAUGGAUUUGGUUCAGGUCAUUAUGAUCGCAAUGGUAAUACCCCUUGGCCUUAUUUCAAGAUCUUACUCUCAACAUUACAGUUUGAAAAGGCGAUUUCAUAUUUACAUCAAUUCGAACAAACUCGUUUUGCGGCUGUCCAUUAUGCUAUUGUUCUUGGUUAUUAUGGUCUAUUAUGCAUUCCAAAGGAUCCACUUGUAUCUAACUCUGGAAUUGUUACGACAGAGAAACUUAGUCAACAAGUCUCAUUCAAUUUUGCCAGGUUUAUACGUGAAUAUAUUAAAUCAGCAUAUAUAGAUCGCAAAGGAACGGAAGAUACAAGAGUGGAAAUGGAAAAGGCUGCUAUUCAAUAUGUUUUCCUACUUACCAUGUUUAAUCAAGAAGAAAUGCUCAAACUCUCCUUUUUAUAUAUUCAAGAUUUGGUUUUGUGCUUCCCUGAUGGUGAAUGUAUUCUUGGUACCAAUUCACCUGGUCAAGGAAAACGACAGCUUGGCUUGAUCGAUCGAUAUAAACGAUUAUUAGGUGUUCAAGAUCAAACGACUUAUUCCACGCAUAUAUUACAUCCUAUUGGUGAAAGACUUGUGAAAAAAGGAAGAUAUACGGAGGCUAUUCAUGUUUACCAGCUAUCAAAUGAUGACAACAAAGUCUUGGAUGUAUUAAUUAAGGAACUGGGUGAUACAUUAUUCACGGUUGUCAAAGAUAUCAACGCAGCCAAGGCAAAUCCCGACAUUCGUAUAAGUCCACAAAAACAACAGGUAUCAUUAGUGGAUAUGGCACAAUCAGCAUUGCAACAUUGUGAUGCCAACCUCAGUAGUAGUGGUGGUAGUGGAUUCCGAGCAGCAGAUGACAACAAGAAGCAAAUGAUUCGUGCGUUUAUCUUACUAUUUAAAGGUGUAUGGCUCUAUGGAGAAGAAAAGGAUGAACAAGCUUUAUGGGCUAUUCAAGCAUCUGGUAUCUUACCAUUGGUUGAAAAGAUAACCUUGGGCCAGAUUCAAUCCAUGUGUGAUCAUUUUAGUCGUCUUGAAAAACAACAAGCUGAUGCUAUCUACAAUAAUUUACCUGGGUUGAUCGUUAUUUCUGGUGAUAUUUUGUAUAAUAUUUGGUUUGCUUUGACACAAAUACCUGACAACCGAGCUUCAAUGAUGCCUCAUAUUCAACAAAUUAAACAACAAAUGCGAAACUUGCUUUUAUUUAUUGGUUUAAUGCCUGAUAAAAUACCUGGCGAUAUUACCGAACGGUUGAAUAGGAUUGAUAUCAAUAUGACGACUUCAGUAGAACAACGUUUUGUAUGAACUAGAAAAGUACCUUUUUUUUUAGACUUCUAUAUGACAAUAAAAAAAAGACCUUUUAAUAUAUAUUGUUGUUGUUUUCUUGUAGACUUUAACAAUAUUUUUC